AUGGCCGGGAAAAAAGGACCCAACGCUAAGUCAGUGGCUGGCAAGGAUCGAAAGGCGGAGAACGAGGCCAAAAAAUACGCGGAAGAAGCCAAGAAACGCGAAGCCGCCGAGGCCAAGGAUUGGGAUAAGGGUGCGAACCUCAAAAAAACGGAACGAGAGGAUGCAGCUGCUCGAAAAUCUGAUGAGGCGGCAAGAAGAGCCAAGGAGAAGGCCGAGCUACUCGCUCAAGAAGAGGCCGAGUUGGCUUCUGGUACGACUACCAGAAAAGCAUCGGCUGGUGUGGCAAAGAAGAAAAAGAAAGCGAAAAACGAGCUAGAACUACUUGAAGAUGCUUUGCAAAAGGCGGCUGAUAAGAAGGUUAAGAAGAAAAAGGCUGAGAUGAUCAAAACGAAACAGGAGACAGAUAGACCAAAGGAAGAGCCUGCCCCCAUGGAUCCUUUGCUGGCCAACACGCAUCAGAUGAUGGGCGGGGAUGAAGCCCACGAAGUAGGACGACGAGCUAACAAGGCCCGUAUGGAAUCUGAAGGAACAAGCGGCAUUGAAGCAGCCCUCAAGGGACUCAACGUGAAAGUGCCGACAUCCGGAACUCUCGCCAAAUCAGCCAAGGCAUUGUACGUCGAGUUUGAGGAGCGAACAAUGCCUGGAAUCAAGGCGGACUAUCCUGGGUUGAGGCUAUCGCAAUACAAAGAAAAAGUAUGGCAGCUCUGGAAGAAGAGUCCGGAUAACCCAGCAAAUCAGAUGCCUCUACCGGACGCUACCAAGUUGUAG